GCCCCAUUAUUCACACAAAGAAAAAUAAGGAAACACGAGUUUGUGUGUCUUUUCGCCCGGCAUUCAUUUGGACUGCUCAAGAACAUUAUCAAUUUCGCUGAAAACGUGUUAGUGUGGAAAAUUGUGAAAUCUUUUAGAUUUUCCAAUAUGACGGUUUCGCGGGAAAAGGCAUCAAUUUCGGCGGUGCCCCCCAGCGAUAGUGAACAAAUCGAAUGGUCGGCCGAGGAGGAAAUACAAUUGUUUUUCGCAUUGGAGGGUUUGAAGCCUGUUGGCAUUAACAAACAUUUCUACAUGGUUUGUAUUGCUGAUCGCCUAUCAAAGAAUUUGCAACGUGAUGUUCCAGCAGAAGCAAUAUGGGCACAUUUGCGCACUAUGUACAAUUUAGAUGUUUUGGAUGAGUUGGAGCCGCUACCGUUUCCUAACGAGGAAAAAGAAUUCUCAUUACCGGAAAUAGAGUUUUCGGCUUUGCUGUCAAAAAAACGUGCAGAGUGUGAAGAGAAACAACGGCUAAGCAGCGUAGAUUCCACUGGAGGUCCGCCUUCGAUUAUUGCCGUGGCUACUGAUAACACCACAAAGAGCGGCAGUGGAGAAAAAACAUCUUCACAUAAAGCUAGUUCUAGCAGUCACCAUUCCAAAGAGGUGGACAAAAAGAUAACAGCAAAGCUGACUGAUAUUCCAAAACGUACGCCCAAGCGUACUCGUGGUUCGAUGUCAUUAGAAUCUAAUAGCAGUCCAUCCACAACACCGCCGCCAAUGCAAAGCAGUAAAAGGCGGCGUAUUUAAAUGCCAAAUACAAUAACAUACAUAAAAGUAAUAUUA